AUGACGCAGAAAAACGCUGCUCUCGCCAAACACAAAAAAGAGCUCGACAAGCUCGAAACCUCACUUGGCGAGACCAAGGCUGCUUUGGACGAAGCUGACCAAGGCCGUGAAGACACCCCCGAACGCCAAUCCCUAAUCUCCACCCUCUCCUCCCUCCAAUCCCAAUCCACCGCUCUCCAAGCCAAACUCUCCGCCUUCGGCGCCGCCGACCCCAUCAAAUACGAGAAGAAAAAGCAAGCCAUCGAUACGUGCAAGGAAGGGGCGGUGAGGUGGACUGAUAAUGUGAUGAUAUUGAUGCAGUAUGCUGGAGGGCUGGGGGUGGAGAGUGGGCAGGUGAGGGGGUUUUUGGAGAUUGGUAGGUGGAGCUAG